AUGCUGAUAACACAGCAGCUCUUCCUCACAGCUUAUGCAUCGGUAGCGCUCGGCCGAUUUAUCAGCGUAUAUGAGCCUAAAGAUCAUCAAGAAAAUGUGGUGAAAAAACUCAAAGAGAUAGCAGUCCCGAUGCAAAUGCUACAUCGAUCGCCUGAACUCGAGCUCAGGCCGCUUCGAAAAAAUCUUCCUGUGGACCAGGAGAAGGACGACGGAGCCACUUUUUUGUUAACACCUGAUAAAGCACUGGAAGGCGGGAUCGAAUUCUCUGCACUACCCAUCAUCCAUCCGGAUGAACAGGCUUCCGAUUUAUAUACAGAUAAUGACGAUAAUGGCAAAAACGACAACGAAAUUCCCGAGCAGCUCAUCUCACAGGUUGAUUUCUGUGCAUUUUUGAGUAAAUUGAAAGCGCUUCUUUUUGGCAAGAAUAUGCGUGUUUGUCCAAAAAAUUCGGCUCCGAGGCCAAGAAAGGCAGCAUACUAA